AUUGCCUCGGUCCACCCUUUUGCUGCUGCCAUUCUCUCUGAGGCAUCUGGGGUUCCUGGCGGGGCGGCAGCUGCAGGGCCUGCUGCCUGCCUUGGUGGGAUGGACUGGCCACACAGCCUGCUGCUCCUUCUUGCCAUCUCUAUCUUCCUGGGGCCCAGCCAGCCCCGGAACACCAAGGGCAAAAGGAAGGGGCAAGGAAGGCCUGUCCCCUUGGCCCCUGGGCCUCACCAGGUGCCACUGGACCUGGUAUCGCGAGGAAAGCCCUACGCUCGGAUGGAAGAGUAUGAGAGGAACCUCGGAGAGAUGGUGGCCCAGCUGAGGAACAGCUCUGAACCAGCCAAGAGGAAAUGCGAGGUCAACCUGCAGCUCUGGCUGUCCAACAAGAGAAGCCUGUCUCCUUGGGGAUACAGCAUCAACCACGACCCCAGCCGCAUCCCUGCGGACUUGCCCGAAGCGCGGUGCCUAUGUCUGGGCUGCGUGAACCCCUUCACCAUGCAGGAGGACCGCAGCAUGGUGAGCGUGCCAGUGUUCAGCCAGGUGCCAGUGCGUCGCCGCCUCUGUCCGCCAGCUCCGCGCCCGGGGCCCUGUCGCCACCGCGUCGUCAUGGAGACCAUCGCUGUGGGUUGCACCUGCAUCUUCUGAACCACCAACCCCAAUGGCCACUGCAACUCCUUCCUCCCUGCGCCCACUGUGCCCUGCCAGGCUGAUAAACAGUAAACGUUGUCCUUUAUAAAGGA